CAUUGGACGCCGGCGCGGGGUUUGAAGCCGCGCGGCUCCGCCGCCGCUCUCCGCUCCUCUUUGUCGCCCGCUUCGCUCCCUGCGGCAGCAGUCCGCCCGUGGCGUUGACUGUCACGGCGGAUCGGUGACGACCCGGACUGUGGCGCAGCUCCAGCGUGUGCGCUGCCCGUGGCGGUCUCCCCGUGACUUCUUUCUCCGCCCGUGGGGAGUCCGUGCGGAGUCCACCAGUGGGGAGUCUACCAGUGGGGAGUCCACCAGUGAGGAGUCUACCAGUGGGGAGUCCACCAGUGAGGAGUCUACCAGUGGGGAGUCUACCGGUGAGGAGUCCACCAGUGAGGAGUCUACCUGUGCGGAGUCCACCAGUGCGGAGUCCACCAGUGCGGAGUCUACCAGUGAGGAGUCUACCUGUGCGGAGUCUACCAGUGGGGAGUCCACCGGUGCGGAGUCUACCGGUGGGGAGUCUACCAGUGCGGAGUCUACCAGUGAGGAGUCUACCAGUGCGGAGUCCACCAGUGAGGAGUCUACCAGUGCGGAGUCUACCAGUGAGGAGUCUACCAGUGCGGAGUCCACCAGUGAGGAGUCUACCGGUGCGGAGUCUACCGGUGGGGAGUCCACCGGUGCGGAGUCUACCAGUGGGGAGUCCACCAGUGGGGAGUCCACCAGUGGGGAGUCUACCAGUGGGGAGUCUACCGGUGCGGAGCCACCGGUGCGGAGUCUACCAGUGGGGAGUCUACCGGUGCGGAGUCUACCAGUGGGGAGUCUACCAGUGCAGAGUCUACCAGUGGGGAGUCUACCGGUGGGGAGUCUACCGGUGGGGAGUCCACCAGUGCGGAGUCUACCGGUGGGGAGUCCACCGGUGCGGAGUCUACCGGUGGGGAGUCUACCGGUGGGAGGCUUCUGGACCGUGGCAGCCUCCACCCCGUGGACGCCUGACCACUGUGAGCAGCAGAACGAACGGUCGCAUCGGGCCACCGGCAUCAAGGGGCCGUUGGCACGGGACGGCCACGACGGCCACGACGGCGUUGGACGGCGAGCCACCUUGAUCAGCCAGGCUCCAUCGCUCGCUCGCCCCGAGACACCUUGAUCAACCAGGCUCCAUCGCUCGCUCGCCCCGAGCCACCUUGAUCAGCCAGGCUCCAUCGCUCGCCCGCUCCCUCUCCCCGAGACACCUUGAUCAGCCAGGCUCCAUCGCUCGCUCGCCCCGAGACACCUUGAUCAGCCAGGCUCCAUCGCUCGCUCGCCCCGAGACACCUUGAUCAGCCAGGCUCCAUCGCUCGCUCGCCCCGAGCCACCUUGAUCAGCCGGGCUCCAUCGCUCGCCCACUCACCCGCUCGCUCGCCCCGAGCCACAUUGAUCAGCCAGGCUCCAUCGCUCGCCCGCUCGCUCGCCCCGAGCCACCUUGAUCAGCCAGAGUCCCUCGCUCACAUGCUCGCUCGCCCCGAGACACCUUGAUCAGCCAGGCUCCAUUGCUCGCCCGCUCGCCCACUCGCUCUCCCCGAGCCACCUUGAUCAGCCAGGCUCCCUCGCCCGCCCGCUUGCUCUCCCCGAGACAUCUUGAUCAGCCAGGCUCCCUCGCCUGCCCGCUCGCUCUCCCCGAGACACCUUGAUCAGCCAGGCUCCAUCGCUCGCCAGCUCGCCCGCUUGCUCUCCCCGAGCCACCUUGAUCAGCCAGGCUCCCUCGCCCGCCCGCUCGCUCUCCCCGAGCCACCUUGAUCAGCCAGGCUCCCUCGCCCGCCCGCUCGCUCUCCCCGAGCCACCUUUAUCAGCCACGCUCCCUCGCCCACCCGCUUGCUCGCUCUCCCGGGAGCCAUGCUCGCCCGUCGCGAUGCGCCCAGCUCGGGGCUGGUGCCGGAGACGCACACGCACAUUCGCACGGAGCCCUUCUCUUCGGCGUACUCCCUCACCGGCCGGGAGCUCGGCAGGGGGAAGUUUGCGGUGGUCCGCAUGUGCGUGGAGCUGGCGACGGGGCGCCAGUUCGCUGCCAAGUUUGUGCGCAAACGUCGCAAGGGGCAGGACUGCCGGGCAGAGGGCGUGCACGAGGUGGCCGUGCUGGAGAUGGCGCUCGACAGCCCCCACAUCAUCCGCCUGCACGACGUCUACGAGACGCCCGCCGACAUCGUCAUCGUGCUCGAGUACGCGGCAGGUGGGGAGAUCUUCCAGCAGUGCGUGGCGGAGGAGGGCGACGGCGCCUUCACGGAGAGCGACGUGGUGCGGCUCAUGCGCCAGGUGCUGGACGGCAUCGCCUUCCUGCACCGCCACAACGUGGUGCACCUGGACCUCAAGCCGCAGAACAUCUUGCUGACGAGCGCGGAACCCCUGGGCGACAUCCGCAUCGUGGACCUGGGGCUGUCGCGGCGCGUGAGCAGCGCGGCGGAGCUGCGGGAGAUCAUGGGGACCCCCGAGUACGUGGCCCCAGAAAUUCUCAACUAUGACCCCAUAACGACCGCGACAGACAUGUGGAGUAUGGGCGUGCUGGCGUACGUGAUGCUGACGGGCGAGUCUCCCUUCCUGGGAGCGGACAAUCAGGAGACCUUCCUGAACGUGUCCCAGGUGGCCGUGAGUUACGACGAGGAGACCUUCCAGGGGAAGUCUCCCUGCGCCCGGCAUUUCAUCCAGAGCCUGCUGCUCAAGGAUCCACGGUGUCGCGCCACCGCCGAGGACUGCCUGCGCCACCCGUGGCUCCGUGACUGGGAGCCCGUGCCAGAGCCGAUCUCGGAAGCAGCAGAGCGGGACACCGCGGACUCCUCGCCACACCAAGCACCGCCGCCGCCGCCGCCACCACCACCACCACCGCCGCCGCAACAGCAGCAUCUGCAACAACAACUGGGGUCGGGAGGUACCGACUUGAGGCCGGCGGGGCACCGGGUGCCCCAGCCGGAGGACAAGGAGAACGUUCCCGCGGGGCGGCAGAGCUCCAAGCGGUGCAAACUCGAUGGCACGUGUGGGGGCAGCGCGCCGGACGCGCCAAAGGAGAUUGUGAUGUGAAUGUACGCCUGGGCACAAACAAGCGGACAGAAAAUACAAACUCGCUGUUGUUGAAGAAGGUAUGCAAGCAAUUUGAAAAAAUAUAUACGUAAUUGUUUCUCAUUGGCAGCUGCCCUUAGGCUGUUCAUAGGAACGCUGUAAAUCAUCUGGAGGAAUUCAGGCUCUCGAGUGAAUCGAUUGUAAUUUAUAACGGGUUCCACUCCAAUGCAGCGUCCAGCCGCACGGCAGGCGCUGUCGAGCACAGGGAUCCACGCGAGAUUCCUGUGAGAGUUGGAAGCGAGAGAUACUCGCGUGUGGCAGCCUGUGAGCAAAAUGACUCUAGGUGAGGCUGUGUUGAUCCAUGCCCCGCCCGUGUGGAAGGGUGCGAUUGGCUCUGCUUGUGCCCAGCGCACGAAGUAACGUCGUGCGAUGAUCGAGCACGGUGAUUAUUUGGCGGCACAGCCUUCACCACUCGAGACUGCCACUUUAAGGAUCGCCACUCCCAUAAUCAUUGUCGAUCCACCCCAACUCAUCGCUGUCAUCUGGUCGGUUGGAUUUUACUCUAGCCAGGUGAGCAGCGCUGGGGCGGUGACGUGGCUCAAUGGGAGCGUAUUAACAGUGUAAUACGAGCCGUCUGCUUCACAGCGGACGUUAAAGAUCCUGUGACGUCAUUCGAAAAGACUCGGCCAUCGUGCGCCGGCAUCAUUGUCAAAAUCUACCGAAUUAAAUUAAGUUGGAAAUAAAGUAAUUGUUGCCCAUUACUGCAAAAACGUAGCAAGACGCUUCUGAAAAAUUAAUUAAACCCAUUGAGCUUUUCCAGGGCAAGCUCAUAUAAUAUUUAUAUAAACAGGAGUACAGUUGUAACACCUAUAUGCGACAGCUUCUCAAGCUUCUCAAGCCUCUGUACAUUCGGGUUUUUUAAUAGAUAGAAGCAGUGAAUCAUUGGGUGAACAAAAACAGGUGUCUUAACGUGGUGGUAUGUAGAUGCCACGUAAAUCCAAAUUAUUUUUUAAAAGAGGCUGAGGAUGAGAUAUCAAUAAUGAGGCCACUUGGGCCUGGUCAUUCUGAGCCUGUGUUUAAUGUCCACAUGGCCCUUUGGAAGGAACCACUAUCGCACACAGGUGGUGUAUGAAAAGUAGGCAUGGAGUUACCCGAUUGCCAAGCCAUAUUAUUACUCUUCGAGCUCUUGGCCUUGCUUUCAGCAAAGCAGACAACGCUGCAGCCCGCUCACGUUUGUGCACGGCCACAGGUUACAGAAUUCCCGUACGAGUCACGGCGGAUCGAUGUUGUCGCCUGACAUCCAUGAUCUCUGUGCGCGCUGUGGCUCGAAAAACGUGGAGCCCAGACAUAACAAAGCCAAUGAAAAAUGGCCAUUGCAUCCUGGGGGUCAGUGCCAGGAUAAUCGAGUACAGUGCCACCAGCAUGGAUGCUGCCGUGACGUGGCGGUUAGCACACUGGGGGCGCUGGUUCCAUCUCCAGGUGCGCUUUGUGAAAUCCCCCUUCCUCUGUCCACUCAGCCGUACAAACACGGGUACAACCACACCGAGUCGAUCGGCAGGUUUGUGUGCGAUGUGUAUACUCCCACUUAUUCCAAGCUAUUGGGCCAAUGUGUGGUCGAGUAGGCCAAGUACCCACUUAUUGGAGCUCUCUCUGAAGGGCCUUGCACCUGCAAUGGCGUGAGCGGGCAACGGAGGGCUGCACCUUUCACCACCAGCAUAAUUUUAAUUUAGAUAUUAUUUUUGCACAGGAACUUUUUGCCAAAGUAAACGGCAGGGGCGAAGGGAAAUGACACUGGUGUCUACAAUUUCCAUGCCAUUCGAAAAACGCAAAUGUUUUUGUAUUGAAAAUCUAACGGACGCGUUUCAGCAAGGUCAAUGCGCUGGGAGGUAUUGCGGUGUGUGCCGGCCUCGUGACCACGUCGCUCGUGCCGUCGGGUUCCCGCGUGCCUGCUUCACGUUCCGUCUGUUGAUAAUACGUCCUCUCGUUCAUACUCGAUUCCACAGUGUUGCAAAAAAUAGCCAAGCGUUCCGUGAGUACAUGCAAGUCAUUUAAUUGCUAUUUAAUGUUUAAUGUUCGAUAAAAUAUGCAAGAAAAUACUGUCGUAAAUGUCUUCCGAUGUUUUAAAAAGUCGUGCUGUGGUCGUUGACGUUUCGAGUGCCGCUUGUUUUAUGUGUACGAAUGCGCGAGGACGUGCGGGUUAAUCCGUUGCCUGCCCAUUCCAGAAACACUUCAUUUGCAUUCUCUGCAACGGUGCCUCUUAUGCUCAGUCGAUUUGCACGAACCAUGAUAUUAAAUAGUCUGCUUACAGGAACAAAUUAAUUGCGGAGGUGGCACUCUGUGUGUUUUUAUCUGCGUUCAUUAACGUGGCAAGGUCUCAUUGCAGGGUAGCUAAAGUGAUUCACGUUUAGCAUUGUGCCAGGCAGAGAGGCUGGUGCAUCAGAGCAGGUGCUUGCUUCACGAUUGGUGCUUAUUGAAAUGUGGAUGGGCUCGGCAGUUAUUUUUUGGCUGGGCAGAUAUUUUUUUUACAUUCCUAAACAACUUAUUUUAUUCGUGGAAUAGCAAGGGAUUUUCAAAGGUUUUCUAUGGCCAAUUGGGAGAGAAUUCAUACUGGACCCAGCAAGACAUCUCUUUGUGUGUCCCUGCCUUUAAGGGCUGUAUCCUCAUUUACGGGUCCUACCUGCAUUGGAUUUUCCCAGGAUUGUCUUUUUUAUGACGGCUGUCGCUGUCUUGGAAAAUCUAGAAGUCUUCCUGGGAUAUUGAAAGCCCCGUUUUUCGUAGCUUGUCUACUAAUAUACCCCUCGACAAUGCAUUUAUACGUACACCUGGUUUCCUCCUCAUCAGGUAUCCUUUCCGUGAUAUUUCCCCGUUUUUGUGUUUCUAGUGGCAACCCAAUACCCUCUUCCUCUGACUUGUUUGCAGUUUACAGGGGGAAUUAUUGUAUUCUGAUGCAGAUACAGAGAGUCCAUUCAUUGUGGCAGAGCAGCCCAGAAUCUCGGUGCUGCUGGCUCGGUGACCCAAUACGGGGCUUCAGAAGCAAGAAAGACUGCCACCCAAAAGCAUCGAACCCAGGAUCUCAGCAGGCCUGGUGUUAACCUUUGACCUGUGCCACGCCAAGAGAGCUUCGAACCCAGGAUCUCAGCAGGCCUGGUGUUAACCUUUGACCUGUGCCAAGCCAAGAGUGGCGCCUCUGCAGUUGAGCAGAGUAUUUUUUAUUUCAAAGCGAUGUGCAUUAAUAGUAUGUUUUAAUAAACAUUUGUAUUUUUUUCAACAGAACCAAAAAUAUGAAUCACCUGUAAUUUGUAAGGGUAUGCAAAUAUAUAUUGUCAAAAACACACAGAUUUGUGGAUGUUGCUCGUUUCACUUUUGGAGCGUUGACCGUGACUCGUGUUCCGCCGUGUUCUGUGUCCUUGUCUUUUAAUAUUUUGGACGUUUCCACAAUAAAAGAGCACGCACGC